GCAAGCAGCAGAACAGUGGUGCCCCGCACACUUGCAAUCUCUUUUGUACAGAGACAACCUUUUUUAGAGAGGGAGUGAGCGUGAGAGAUUGACGGCAGACUGAAAUAGUGACUGGGUGUUGGUAGCGGGGGGAGAGCCCGGAAGAUCCUGGAAACUGGUGGCUGACUAUGGGAGCUGCUGCUCAGGUGAAGCUGAGGCUGAGCUGAAGGGAAGGCACUGAGCACACAGGUGCGGCUGAGGGAAACAGGUGCAGGCCAGCUCUAAGGGUCACCCUCAGACAUACCAACACAGAGUCCAGACAGGUCAAUAUGGAGGAAGAACAAGAGGGGGCAAAGUCUCACAGGAGGGCCUGGAGCUUCUCUUCCCUUCGUAUCAAAAGAAAGACUUCCGAUAGUGAAGAGAGUUUCUUUUCCAUGAGGAGAGCGAUGCGUUCUUUUUCUUCAGUUCGGGAAAGAGGGCAAAGGGGUAAUGGGGAGGACUUGCCCCUAGAAACCUUCGAAGGAGAAGCUAAAGACCAAGCAUCACCUCAGUACACAGAGAUAGCAACAGGUGGAUUCUCAGGGACUGAGGAUGAGACAUCAAGCACCAUGAUGAAGAACAGGCUUAGCACUGCCUGGACCGCCUUCUCGGGGAAAUUCAGCAGAGAUAGGGUCUUGAAGGAGGAGGAACCCGCUGACACUGCCACUGAUCUCCCAUCUUCAGACAGCAGGGGCAAGGAGCAGCGCUACUCUAGCGCACAGUUCUUCUUUGAGUACCUGGUGGUGGUCAGCCUGAAGAAGACUAAAGAGGGUGCAUAUGAGCCACAGAUCACGUACCAGUUUCCUAAAAGAGAUGGUAUGGUGCGUUUCCAGAAAGAGGAGCAGGAGAAGACCUUUAAGGCCAUCACCCUCUUCUGCUUUCCAGAGGGCAUCAACUGGGCCCCUCUCACUGAGUACCGCAGUGAGACCUUCUCCUUUGUCUUGACUGAAGUUGAUGGCAGCCGAAGGAACGGCUACUGCAGGAGACUGCUGCCUAAAGGCAAUGGUGCACGCCCACCAGAGGCCUACUGCAUCAUCAGUUCGCUGGCCUGCUUUGGUCUCUUCUCUCAGAUCUUUGAUGAGGUAGAGAAACGACGGCAAAUUUCCAUGGCAAUGAUAUACCCCUUCAUGCAAAGCCUGCGAGAGGCAGCGUUUCCUGCCCCUGGGAAAACUGUCAAGAUCAAGAGCUUCAUCCCUGAUGCGGGCACAGAGAUCAUCAGUCUGACACGGCCGGUGGACUCGUGUCUGGAGCACGUCGAUUUCCGUACGCUGUUCCGUUGUCUCAGUGACGAAGAGGUGCUACAGGUGUUCGCCGCCACCGUGUUGGAGAGACGCGUCAUCUUCAUCGCAGAUGAGCUCAGCACCCUCUCUCAGGUGAUCCAUGCCGUGGCUGUACUGCUCUCCCCAUUCACAUGGCAGCACACCUUAAUUCCCAUCGUUCCCGAGAUCCUCAUCGAUGUCGUCAUGGCACCGACUCCAUACCUGCUGGGUGUGCAGAAGCGGCUGCUCGACCUGGUUGACCAAACUGAUCUGUUGGUGGUUGACUUAUCGGAGAACAGGCAGGAAACGUUCAUCUCAGAAAUUGGAGAUGAGAAGACUAUUCUUCCACCCAAGCUUAAAGCUGAGAUUCUCCAGGCGCUGAAGGCAAGGCCAGAGAAAGCCACUGUGGAGGAGCUGAAUAGGGUGGUGCCUGAGGCCUUCUUACACUUCUUCAUCAAGACGGUCGGCCAUUUCCCUCCUCACGUUCUGCGCAAGGCUGGUGAGCCCGGGGUCUUCCAGGCAAGGAAGUUCUACAAAGAACUGGAAUCCAAGAACACUCGCCACUUUGUCAAGAAGUUUAUCCAGACGCAGAUGUUUGACCUCUUCAUCCAGGAGAUAGAGCAGCAGCCUGCUUCUCAGGAAGGGUUUUUCCAGAAGAAGGUUGCUGAGUAUCAUGCAGCAGAGAAGAUGAAGAAGUUAAAGACUAAGAAACACUAAGAUAGUGUUUGUUUCCUCAAUACUGUUUAAAGAAACAAAUACGUGGCAAGGGUGUUAUCAUUUUUAGGCAUGUACAUUUAGGAAUAAACUUAUUUGUAGAAUAUUUAAAUUGUGUGCCAUAGGAUAUGAUAGUGUGACUGAGCUCUUUCUUGUGUGUGUUUUAUAAUGUGUAGUACUGUCAUGUUGCUCUUUGUUUUGUGUAAACGUCUGAUCCUCAGCAUAGACAGUCCUGUGGACUGUAAACAUGUGUGAUCAGGGUGGAAGUCCUGAUGGUGCCAGAAACUGAGCCAUUCUUGUCAACACAGAGCACGGGAUUUUUAAAGAUAUUGUUGGUAAUGUUUUAUAAUGUUGAUUUUUACAAUAAAAAAAUGAUUCCGCAAAAUUUGCAAACGGCGGUUCCCAGCACAUUCGGUUAGUGUUGACCUGCCAUCUUCUGGUCACCUUUGGUACAGUAAGGUCCAUGAGAGAGAGACCAUGUCCCUUUAAAACACCCUGAAUCUUGUACAAAAAUGUACAAAUCAUAUCAACACAGAUUUACAUUUCUGUCGUAGUGUUUUCUGUGCAUUUCUGUCUGCAUAUUUGUUGUGAGAUGACAUUAUGUGCUGUGGGGCAAAGAAUCAUAAUUCUUAAUAUUUGGAAUACUGAUUUAGUUGUUUAUUUCCCAAGCAGAAGCACAGAUGUCACACCUGAAAAUGUUUAAAUAUUCAGCAUCACUCCCCUUGUAUCUACACUCUCCACCCCCACACCAGUCUAUCCUGUAGGUGGCCAGUCAUUAAACAUGGUCAAUGAUGUGACGUA